ACCAGGGAUUUGAAGCUGUCCUCAUUGCAAAUUUUCUGACUUGUGCCUUGGGCAAGAAUGCAGGCUGAUAAAUGCAGGACAAGCAGUAGAAGCGUCAAAAAGGAGCUGGUGAUCGAGUCUCCUCUGCAGUACAAGGAUGCAGCUCAAGGAGAGGUAGAAGUGGAGAGUCCAGGCCCAGUGCUGUUCAUGACUGCAGGCCACACCAUGCCAGGUACCGUUCCAGAUGCUGGAGAAGGCAGUGAAUCAAACAGAUGUCUUUCCCCUCAUGGAUCUUACAAUCAAGCUGGGAGCAGAUUUUUUCUAGAGGUGACCUUGAAAGAGAGAGCUCUCGAGAGAGAGAGAGCUAAGGUCAGAGGCAGUGGGCUUCCAGGUGCCAUCACCUAUCACACAGGCAGUGUGGUGCCCUGUAUGUGCCAGGAACCCAUUGCUGCAGGUGCAGUAGCUGUGAGAGGAGGAUGCCAGUACAGUCUGUUAUAUAUGACCCAUGAAAGCAGCUGUACCCACCUGCUGACAGCUAUUCUGAGGCGGCAGGGUCGAUGCAUAUGCUCCACGGUUCCUGCAAAUGCACAAGAUGAAGCACAGAGCUUAUUUGUUACAGAGUGCAUCAAAACCUACAACUCUGAUUGGCAUCUUGUGACCUAUAAAUAUGAAGAUUACUCAGGAGAGUUUCGACAGCUUCCAAACAAAGUGGCCAAGUUGGAUAAGCUUCCAGUUCAUGUCUAUGAAGUUGAUGAGGAGGCUGACAAAGAUGAGGAUGCUGCCUCCCUUGGUUCUCAGAAGGGUGGAAUCACCAAGCAUGGGUGGCUGUAUAAAGGGAACAUGAACAGUGCAAUCAGUGUGACCAUGAGGUCAUUUAAGAGGCGGUUUUUCCACCUGAUUCAACUUGGUGAUGGAUCCUAUAAUUUGAAUUUUUACAAAGAUGAAAAGAUCUCCAAGGAACCAAAAGGAUCAAUAUUUCUGGACUCCUGCAUGGGUGUGGUCCAGAACAAUAAAGUCAGGCGUUUUGCUUUUGAGCUCAAAAUGCAGGACAAAAGUAGUUAUCUUUUGGCAGCAGACAGUGAAGUGGAAAUGGAGGAAUGGAUCACAAUUCUAAACAAGAUUCUCCAGCUCAACUUUGAAGCUGCAAUGCAAGAAAAGCGGAAUGGAGACUCUCAUGAAGAUGAUGAACAAGGCAGAUUGGAAGGUUCUGGUUCCGGUUUAGAUAGCUAUCUGCCUGAACUUGCCAAGAGCACCAGAGAAGCUGAAAUCAAAUUGAAAAGUGAAAGCAGAGUUAAACUUUUUUACUUGGACCCAGAUGCCCAGAAACUUGACUUCUCAUCAGCUGAGCCAGAAGUGAAACCAUUUGAAGAGAAAUUUGGAAAGAGGAUUCUUGUCAAGUGCAAUGAUUUAUCUUUCAACUUGCAAUGUUGUGUUGCUGAAAAUGAAGAAGGACCCACUACAAAUGUAGAGCCUUUCUUUGUUACUCUGUCCUUGUUUGACAUAAAAUACAACCGAAAGAUUUCUGCUGAUUUCCAUGUGGACCUGAAUCAUUUCUCAGUGCGGCAGAUGCUGGCUCCCACAUCUCCAGCUCUGAUGAAUGGCGGCCAGAGCCCCCCUGCCCUUCAGGAUGUCCUUCAUGCAGCUGCCAUGCAGUAUCCCAAGCAGGGAAUAUUUUCAGUCACUUGUCCUCACCCAGACAUCUUUCUUGUGGCCAGAAUUGAAAAAGUCCUCCAAGGGAGCAUCACACACUGCGCUGAGCCAUAUAUGAAAAGUUCAGACUCUUCUAAGGUUGCUCAGAAGGUGCUGAAGAAUGCCAAGCAGGCAUGCCAAAGGCUAGGACAGUACAGAAUGCCAUUUGCUUGGGCAGCAAGGACAUUAUUUAAGGACACCGCUGGAAACCUGGACAAAAAUGCCAGAUUUUCUGCUGUCUACAGGCAAGACAGCAAUAAGCUAUCAAAUGAUGACAUGCUCAAGUUACUUGCAGACUUUCGGAAACCUGAGAAGAUGGCUAAACUCCCAGUGAUUUUAGGCAAUCUGGACAUUACAAUUGAUAAUGUUUCCUCAGAAUUCCCUAAUUAUGUCAAUUCAUCAUACAUUCCCAUGAAGCAAUUUGAAACCUGUACUAAAAUUCCAAUCACAUUUGAAGUUGAAGAAUUUGUGCCCUGCAUACCAAAACAUACUCAGCCUUAUACUGUCUACAACAACCAUCUUUACGUUUAUCCUAAGUACUUGAAAUAUGACAGUCAGAAGUCUUUCGCCAAGGCCAGGAAUAUCGCUAUUUGCAUUGAAUUUAAAGAUGCAGAUGAGGAAGACUCUCAGCCCCUGAAGUGCAUUUAUGGCAGACCUGGAGGCCCAGUAUUCACCAGAAGCGCCUUUGCUGCAGUUUUACACCACCACCAAAACCCAGAAUUUUAUGAUGAAAUUAAGAUAGAAUUGCCCACCCAGCUACAUGAAAAGCACCACUUGUUGUUCACAUUCUUCCACGUCAGCUGUGAUAAUUCAAGUAAGGGAAGCACAAAGAAGAAGGAUGUUGUUGAAACACAAGUUGGAUAUUCUUGGCUUCCUCUCCUGAAAGAUGGAAGGGUGGUGACUAACGAGCAGCAUGUCCCCGUUUCAGCCAAUCUUCCAUCUGGCUACCUUGGAUACCAGGAGAUUGGCAUGGGCAGGCAUUAUGGUCCAGAAAUUAAAUGGGUAGAUGGAGGCAAGCCACUGCUGAAAGUUUCAACUCAUCUAGUUUCUACAGUGUACACCCAGGAUCAACAUUUACAUAAUUUUUUCCAGUACUGUCAGAAAACUGAAUCUGGAGCUCAAGCCUUAGGAAAUGAACUUGUAAAAUAUCUUAAGAGUCUACAUGCAAUGGAAGGCCAUGUGAUGAUCGCCUUCCUGCCUACCAUCCUAAACCAGCUGUUUCGAGUCCUUACCAGAGCCACCCAGGAGGAAGUUGCAGUUAAUGUGACUCGGGUCAUUAUUCAUGUGGUUGCCCAGUGCCAUGAGGAAGGAUUGGAGAGCCACUUGAGGUCAUAUGUUAAGUAUGCUUAUAAGGCUGAGCCAUAUAUUGCCUCUGAAUAUAAGACAGUGCAUGAAGAACUAACCAAAUCCAUGACCACCAUUCUCAAGCCUUCUGCUGACUUCCUUACCAGCAACAAACUACUGAAGUAUUCUUGGUUUUUCUUUGAUGUGCUGAUAAAAUCCAUGGCUCAGCAUUUGAUAGAAAACUGCAAAGUCAAGUUAUUACGAAACCAGAGAUUUCCCGCGUCCUAUCAUCAUGCAGUGGAAACUGUUGUGAAUAUGCUGAUGCCACACAUCACUCAGAAGUUUCGAGAUAACCCAGAGGCCUCUAAGAAUGCCAAUCAUAGCCUGGCUGUCUUCAUUAAGAGAUGUUUUACCUUCAUGGACAGAGGUUUUGUCUUCAAACAGAUCAACAAUUACAUCAGCUGCUUUGCUCCUGGAGACCCCAAGACCCUAUUUGAAUAUAAGUUUGAAUUUCUCCGUGUAGUAUGCAAUCAUGAACACUAUAUUCCUUUGAACUUACCAAUGCCAUUUGGAAAAGGCAGGAUUCAGAGAUACCAAGAUCUCCAGCUUGACUACUCAUUAACAGAUGAGUUCUGCAGAAAUCACUUCUUGGUAGGACUGUUACUUAGAGAGGUGGGCACUGCCCUCCAAGAAUUUCGAGAGGUCCGCGUGAUUGCCAUUAGUGUGCUCAAGAACCUGCUCAUAAAGCAUUCUUUUGAUGACAGAUACGCCUCAAGGAGUCAUCAGGCAAGGAUAGCCACUCUCUACCUGCCUCUGUUUGGUCUGCUUAUCGAAAAUGUCCAGCGAAUCAAUGUGAGGGACGUGUCACCCUUCCCUGUGAACCCAGGCAGUACUAUGAAGGAAGAGCCCCCAGCUCUGCCAGCUGGGAACCCACUAGUGACGCCGCAGAAGGGAAACACACUGGACCACAGCCUGCACAAAGAUCUCUUAGGUGCUAUCUCUGGCAUUGCUUCUCCAUAUACAACUUCAACUCCAAACAUCAAUAGUGUGAGAAAUGCUGACUCAAGAGGAUCACUCAUUAGCACAGAUUCGGGUAAUAGCCUUCCAGAAAGGAAUAGUGAGAAGAGCAAUUCCUUAGACAAGCACCAUCAAAGUAACACUUUGGGAAAUUCUGUAGUUCGCUGUGACAAACUGGACCAGUCUGAGAUUAAGAGCCUACUGAUGUGUUUCCUUUACAUCUUAAAAAGCAUGUCUGAUGGUAGGUUAAAAAAUUUUUUUUCUGAAAAACAAACUAGAGAGAUGAUUUAUUUUCCUACUAUUAAUACUAUCUGUUUAACAAAGUUUCAUGAUCGAAAAUCUCAGACAUUGCCUGUUUCCCGUAACAGAACAGGAAUGAUGCAUGCCAGAUUGCAGCAGCUGGGCAGCCUGGAUAACUCUGUCACUUUUAACCACAGCUAUGGUCAUUCAGACGCAGAUGUUCUUCACCAGUCUCUACUGGAAGCCAACAUUGCCACUGAGGUUUGCCUUACGGCUCUGGACACACUGUCUCUGUUUACACUGGCAUUUAAGAACCAGUUGUUGGCUGAUCAUGGACACAACCCUCUCAUGAAAAAAGUUUUUGAUGUCUACUUGUGCUUUCUUCAAAAACAUCAAUCUGAAACAGCUUUAAAAAAUGUCUUCACUGCCUUAAGAUCAUUAAUUUAUAAGUUUCCCUCGACCUUCUAUGAAGGGAGAGCAGACAUGUGUGCCGCUCUGUGCUAUGAGAUUCUCAAGUGCUGUAACUCCAAACUGAGCUCCAUCCGAACUGAGGCUUCCCAGCUGCUCUACUUCUUGAUGAGGAACAACUUCGACUAUACUGGGAAGAAGUCCUUUGUCCGGACACACUUACAAGUCAUCAUUUCUGUCAGUCAGCUGAUUGCAGAUGUUGUUGGCAUUGGGGGAACCAGAUUCCAGCAGUCCUUGUCCAUCAUCAACAACUGUGCCAACAGUGACAGACUUAUCAAGCACACCAGUUUCUCCUCUGAUGUGAAAGACUUGACCAAGAGGAUCCGCACAGUCCUGAUGGCCACAGCCCAGAUGAAGGAACAUGAAAAUGACCCAGAGAUGCUGGUAGACUUGCAGUACAGUCUGGCUAAGUCCUAUGCCAGCACUCCUGAACUCAGGAAGACGUGGCUUGACAGCAUGGCCAGGAUCCAUGUCAAAAAUGGGGAUCUCUCAGAAGCAGCAAUGUGCUAUGUCCACGUGACAGCCUUAGUGGCAGAAUAUCUCACACGAAAAGGCAUGUUUAGACAAGGGUGCACAGCCUUCCGGGUCAUUACCCCAAACAUCGAUGAGGAGGCCUCCAUGAUGGAAGAUGUCGGGAUGCAGGAUGUUCACUUUAAUGAGGAUGUACUGAUGGAGCUGCUGGAGCAGUGUGCAGAUGGACUUUGGAAGGCAGAACGCUAUGAGUUGAUUGCCGACAUCUAUAAACUCAUCAUCCCCAUUUAUGAGAAGCGGAGGGAUUUUGAGAGGCUAUCCCAUCUGUAUGACACACUACACCGGGCUUAUAGCAAAGUGACUGAGGUCAUGCACUCAGGCCGCAGACUUCUGGGAACCUACUUCCGGGUGGCCUUUUUUGGACAAGGAUUCUUUGAAGAUGAAGAUGGAAAGGAAUAUAUUUACAAAGAACCCAAACUCACACCUCUGUCUGAAAUUUCUCAGAGACUCCUUAAACUUUACUCAGAUAAAUUUGGUUCUGAAAAUGUCAAAAUGAUUCAAGAUUCUGGAAAGGUCAACCCUAAGGAUCUGGAUUCCAAGUAUGCCUAUAUCCAGGUGACUCAUGUCGUCCCAUUUUUUGAUGAAAAAGAACUACAGGAAAGAAAAACAGAGUUUGAAAGAUCACACAACAUUCGGCGCUUCAUGUUUGAGAUGCCCUUCACCCAGACUGGGAAAAGGCAAGGUGGGGUAGAAGAGCAGUGCAAACGGCGCACCAUCCUAACAGGGAUGAUGGUGGGCAGAACAAAGGGUGUUAGUGUUGUCCUGGAAUAUCUUGAAAUGCAAUUUGUUGAAGCUUGUGGUCAGGCCCUCGCAGUAAAUGAACGGCUGAUUAAAGAAGACCAGUUAGAAUAUCAGGAAGAAAUGAAGGCCAACUACAGGGAAAUGGCAAAGGAGCUGUCUGAAAUCAUGCAUGAGCAGAUUUGCCCCUUGGAGGAGAAGACCAGCAUUUUGCCGAACUCCCUUCAUAUCUUCAAUGCCAUCAGUGGAACUCCAACAAGCACAAUGGUUCACGGGUUGACCAGCUCCUCCUCGGUUGUGUGAUUUCGCCUUGUGGCCCACAGGCAGGGACUUGUUUGUCAUUUGUAAACUCAGGAUGAUUCCCAUAGCUCGUCCCCAGGAGAGUGAGCCCAGGGAGAAGCCAUGGGGAAAGGGAACAAAAGGGAUUAAGGACUGUGGUAUUUCAUAGCAGAUGUUCUAUAAAGUUGAAAGAAGGUGUACCUAUUUUUUUUAAUCUCACUGGCAAUAUUCAGAGUUUACCAUGUGUUGUAAUGUUAAUAUGUGGACACUUUUAAAUUGGAGUUAAAUUUUAUUCUUCCCUACAGAGUAGUAGUAAAACUAAAUGACUAAACAAAUAGUACAAAGCAAGGACAGAGGCACUGAACCGAAGGCUAGGGGCCUUCCGCCUCUAGGCUGAGCUGGAGAAUCUUGAAAAUACUAUUUUUUUUUCCUGUGGCACAUUCAGGUUGAAUACAAGAACUAUUUUUGUGACUAGUUUUUGAUGACCUAAGGGAACUGAAUGUUGUAAUUUUUGUACCAGUGAACAAGAAGAUUUAGUGCUUUUAUAUUCAUUCCUUGCAUUUAAAACAUAUGAAGGCUUAAGGAACUAUGUGAGCUUAAAACUAGUCAGGCAGGCAGUUUAGAACCAAAGGCCUGUAACUAACAAACCCAACUAUGCUAAAAAGUAAAAUAUAGUACAGCAUAUCACUGUGUACAUACAGUUUGUUAAUACAGCCUCAGUAUCAUGUACAUACAUGUAUUACAUUUCUACAUUUUUAAUACAUCUGCUUCUUCAUAAGUUUACUUGUGAUAAAUUUGUGUUGUUCUUUAUUCUAUAUGCAAUACACUGACCUUACUGUUUUAUUCUUGUACAUAAAAUGUGCAAUAUGGAGAUGUAUACAGUCUUUGCUAUAUUAGGUUUAUAAACUGUUAAAAAGUUCAUCUUUUUGCCAAAAUGAUGGAAUAUGUGAUUGGUUAUUCAUAAAUCCUGUGGUGAAUGGGGUAUAAUUUAAAGCUUUCACCAUGUUAUAUUUUCUUUUAAGACAUUAAUUUAGUAAUUUUAUAUUUGGGAAAAUAAAAAUUUUUAAUUUUAUUUAACUGGAAUCACUGCCCUGCUGUAAUUAAACACUCUGUACCACAUCUGUAUUAAAAAAAAUUGCUGAUUUUCUGCUGA